CGAUUGGGAGGCUGCCCAACAGACGCCAUCGACGCGAGAAUGGAGCCCUCGAAAUCAUUAAGAGAAGCCGUCGCCGCCAUGGCCGGGCCGGGAGCCGAAUUGAGGUACGAGGAGGCGCCGCGCCAGGCCAUGCAGCGCCCGAUGCCCAAGGACUGCUGGGCCGUCAACGCGUGCGCGCGGCCGGCGGGCCACUGGGGCGAUAGCGAGUGGUACGAUUUGCAACUCGAAAGGAGGCUGCCUCUCGUCGGACCCAUGUUGAAUGAAGUGGUCUGCGCGCUGCCUCCUCUCGGAAAUGGCCGGGUCUGUGAUGUGGGAUGCGGCACUGGACGGUGCGCCGUUGAGAUCAGGAAGGCCUAUCUCCGCUGUACCUUGUGUUUAUUGGAUGCGGAUAAGGACAGGGUCGAGACAGCCAAAAACAGAGUGGCAGAACCGGUAGAGGUGAUAGUGGAGCCGUUCGUGGUCGGAGCACCAUCCUUACCGGGGGCGCCCUACGACUGCGUCACUUUAGUGUUAGCGCUGAGGCAUUCGACAAGACCGGCGCCGCACUACGCCGAAAGGCUAGGAUUGCCAUUACAUACGGGCACCGUCGAGGAGAGCUAUCGCGCCGCUCUGACGACAAUCUUCUGCUCGCUGCGGCCGGGCGGCACGUUGUUGAUUGGAGACCAGGUCGCGGCGGGCCACCCGUCGGUGUACAACCAAUGUAAAUUACUGGAGGACUGCGGCUUCGAGCACGUUGAUAUUGCCUGGCGCGACCGCGACUUUUUCGUGAUUGGGGCCGCGGCGCCGGCGGACGACCCGGAGCCGAGUUGGUUUCGCGGGGAGGGCGGGCCGCGGUUGCCGGCGUAAGUUGUUUUCGUCAUUUGCGGUUUAAGAGAAGCGA